GAGGUCCAGCUGCCAGUCGUUACAAAACCUCCAUUCGACAUGUUGCGGUUUAUGUUGGCUGCCCUGCUGGCGACAUCCACUUUCGCCGCGCCAUCUGCACGUCCACAAUUGCCUCAAGUUUUCGAGCCCUGCCCCACCAGCAGUCCUGACUUUGAGGCCUGUGCUAAGCGCAAUCUCCAGAAGGGAGUGGCUGUAUUGAGCGAUGGGCUGCCCGCAGUGGACUUCCCUCCGCUCGACCCCCUGUUUGUCCCGGAGCUGCUGCUCGACUACAGAGGCAAUGAAGCGGACGUGAAAAUGAUCAUCAGGAACAGCGAAACCCGCGGUCUCAAGGACGUUGACAUUCUGAGCUUCAGGGCGAACCUGAGCGACCCGUCAAACAUGGUCAUUGAAGUCGAUUUCCGGAUUCCUGCGUUGGUCAUCAAGGGUGAAUACAAGACGCAGGGGAAAAUCAUUAGCUUCCCCAUCGGCGGCAAGGGCGUCUACAACAUCAGCAUGCGGGACCUGACAGGCACUUGGACUGUGCGCGGUGAUCUGGUCACGGUUGACGGCGAAGAGUACCUGAAGGUGCGCCACGUGAACGUGUUGCCGGAGGUGGGCGAUAUGCAGGUCUACGCCUCGAACCUGUUCACAGGCAACGAUGAGCUCGACAAAGCUGCCCUGCGGUUCGCAAACCUCUACUGGCCGACCAUCUACAAGGAGCUGCUUCCCUACGCGGAUGAGGGAUGGGACAAAUUCUUGCGGGGACAGCUUAACAAGUUCUUCCUCAAGUUUCCCUUCAGAGCCAUCUUCCCAGAGAACUAACAGAGCAUCUGCAGCAGGCAGCACGCACGCGCACAAAUGCCAACGUCUUCAGAAAGUGUAAAUCUGGUUUUAUAUUACGAGGAACAGCCGUAGCUUCCAAGUAGUUAGACGUUCUGCCUCGCAGCCGGGAAAUCCUGGGUUCAAGUGUCGGCUCGGUAACGGAAUGUUCUGUCUGAGGGUUUCCGACGUUCUCCUCAGUCUCUACCUUCAAAUUCAGGGAUAAUGCGACGUUCUAGGCCAGGGCCGCUUCCUUCCAAAUCUUCUCAAAUUCAUUAUUCACUAAUUAUCGUACCGGGCAGUAGAGAGGCCCGAUCGUAGGUUGCUAAAAGAUGCUGUAUGAACUGUGGUCGUUGCUUAGCGUCGAACCUCGUGAAUGGAUUAUGGCAAUAGGUGAACUUGAAACGACUGGGAAGGAAGAGGUAGUUUCUAUUUCGAGAUACUCUGCAGAUAUUCACCUGGAGGGACCGAGGAAAGCCAUGAAAUACGAGCCAGGAUACUUCACGUCCAGGCCAAGGUUAUUAUCGGGUACUUCCGGAAUACAGGCCAGACGCGUUACCGCUCUCAGCAUCCGGUCACUUGCCGCCGCUGCACACCGACAGCGUCGCAGCGCCCUGUUCAUCUUCUGGCACUCUGCUUCCAUCCUCAGGUUAAAAGUUGGGAUAGCAUCUACUCAGUUGGGUCCGUUACAUGUAGCUGACAUCAGUCAGUGAACUACAGGAUCCGGUUUAUCUGAUGGAGAGAGGAAGUUGUCAGCACUUGCUCGCUCUCACGGGUCCCGUGUGUGGCAGCGUUCCAAGUGAGACCAGUGCGCAUGCGCCGCUGCACUCAGCAGCGCCCCAGUCCACCACGCGUGUCCCACCCAGCUGAACGUCAAGUCCCACUGUUUGAGAAACACUGCAUCAGACAAAUGAACGUCUAGGGCCGUUAAGACGUGCUGCCUGCGACGGAAGAAACUCGUGACGUCGUUUAACGCUGACGUCAUGUUUCAUCCAGCGACGCCUUCAACAUUGACUGCUUGUGGCUGCAUCUCACGGCAGGCCACGAUCUGUUUAAUUACUAUGUAACUUUAUUGAAUGAAUAAAUAACUGCUUUAUGGAACACACACAG